AACCAAGAUCUGGUCCGAGUCGAGGCAACAUCGCAUUUGUUGAAUAGCAGUGGGAAUUUCAGCGUUGGGGGAAAUACAACAAUGGCAUCAAAACAGGGCAUAUCAAUGGCUACCAAUCUCCUCAAAACCCUAGCCGGAGCAUCUUCCAUUGUCCGGUCCAACACCAGAAGUCUCAGCGGUGUUGCUAGCAGCGAGGUCAUCACCUCUCAUACAGAGAAAUGGAUGCAGGAUACUAGCAAGAAAUCUCCCAUGGAAUUGAUCAGUGAAGUUCCACCUAUCAAGGUUGGGGGAAGGAUUGCUGCCUGCGAAGGAGACUCGCCUGCUCUUGGUCAUCCAAUUGAGUAUAUAUGCCUUGAUCUGCCUGAGCCAGCUAUAUGCAAGUACUGUGGUUUGCGCUUUGUUCAAGAUCAUCACCAUUAGGACUGCAAUAUGAGGAUUCCUGAAUUAAGAAGUCGUCUUCAUUUUAUAUGCAAGCAACUCUGAUUAUUGUGUUCCUUUUGCACUACUGAUGCGGGCAAGUUUUGCCUCUCGUAAUAAGGAUUAGGGCUCCGUGUGAUCCAUUUUCUU